CGGAGCCGCGCGUACGUUACCAGAAUAGCCGCUCCGCUCUUUUAAAUAAGAAAAGAUACUUUUCACCCACUCGUCGUGAAUACAAAAGUCGCGGUAUUUCCCAUACGUAUAGAGCAAUUGUCGGGUGUGAGGAAUAAAAAAAAAAAAAAAACAAAAAAAAACAAAACAAUGAUAAAACACUUGGCACUGGCAUUGGCGCUGUGGGCGAGCCUGGGAUCGGCCCACGAGCCCUUCAUCGUCCAGUUCCAGUGGAACUACGUCAACUACACUUGGCCGACGGAGGAGUUGUACCUGCGCGCGGCCAAGGACGAGUCGUACCUGGAAAAGAGCAACGUCAUCUCCGGUAUAAAGCUGUGGAAGGGCAAGAUGUACCUGACGAUACCGCGUUGGCGCAACGGGGUCCCGGUGACCCUGGCUGUGACCCCGGCAGUGCCUGUCAACGGGACAACGGCGCCCCAACUCGAGCCCUAUCCCGACUGGGACGCUCAAAAAAUCGGGGGCGACUGCUCGGGCCUGCAAUCCGUCCAGAACGUCGAGAUCGACCCCAUGGGCAGGAUGUGGGUCCUCGACACGGGCAGGGUUGCCACGAUGACCACCGAAGCCGCGGCAGCCGCCAAAGAGCCCAAGUGCCCGCCACGACUGGUCAUUUUGGACCUCGAGGAUGGAGGCAAGGUGCUAAGGAGCUACGGCUUCCCGGCCAACGUGGCCAGGCCCGAGGGCGCCCUGCUCAACGACAUAGUCCUCGACCACGAGGACGGCGGCCUGGCCUACAUAAGCGACUCGGACCAAGAGUACCCGGGCAUCAUCGUGUUCUCCCUGCAAAACCUAACCUCUUGGAAGCUCAGCCACGACUCGAUGCGGGUCAAGGAGGACGAGGUGGGCUUCAUCGUCGAGCAGACCCGGGUCAAGCAGAGGUUCAACAUAGGUGGCUUGGCCCUGUCACCGGCUUACACCGAGGGUGGCAACAGGGUGCUCUACUACACGCCACUGUCGUCGCUGUACGUGUUCGCCCUGCCGACCCACGUGCUCAAGUACGUUGAGAGCGGCAAUUUGAGCCAAGAGGUCAAGGUGUUGGGGCGAAAGCCGUCGCAAACUGCGGGCAUGGCCAUGUCGAGCAGUGGGAUCUUGUACUUUGGCUUGUUGGCCGACGACGCGGUGUCCAUGUGGGACUCGAAGAACCCGUCCUUCAUGACGGGCCAGAGGAUCAUAUCACGGGACCACCACCUCAUGCAGUGGCCGAAUUCCCUGGCCUUCGACGACAGGGGCAGGCUGUGGUGCAUCACCAAUAGGCUGCACAAGUUCCUCGACAACAGUCUCAGUAUCGACGAGCCGAACUUCCGGGCCAUCAUGUCCAAGACUAGGAUGCAGAAUUACCAGUACUACGACAACGGGACGGCACCGGAGUUGCCGUUCAUCGCGGCUGGCGCCGGCCGGGCCCUGGGAGGAACUGCCCUCGCUGCGCUACUCGUGCUCCUGAUGCUCGUGCAGUAGAGGCUUGUUUUUUGUUUUUUUUUUUGUUUUUUUCUCCUUCUUUUUAGGGUGUUGUUCGUGGCAGCAGCCAGGAGUCUCGGUAACCAUAUUUUCGCCAAAGGACUGUGGGACGAUUUUACGAGAGCCAAGAGUCAUCGUGUGGUUUUACUCCGCUAGUGGCUGCUGUUUUUUUUUUUUUUUUUUUUUUUUUUUU